AGGCAUGGGCGGGGAAUGGCUUCGGUGCUUGAACGCAAUACACCUGACCAGCCGCCAUAGUUUUGCCGUCCCUCGCGAGUUGUGGUGCCACCGGAGUGUUGUGGUCAUUAGGCGGCUCGUCAGGGAGGGAGACAGGAACUGAGGCACUGAUGGUUGUACAUGGGGAUUCCAGUGCCCCUUUGGAGAGCAGGGCUAUGUCCUCGGCAGCCACCACGUCUCCAUCUGUGGACAAAGUGGACGGAUUUUCACGGAAGUCUGUCAGGAAGGCCAAGCAGAAGCGGUCGCAGAGCUCGUCCCAGUUCCGCUCCCAGGGCAAACCCAUCGAGCUCACGCCCUUGCCACUGCUCAAGGACGUGCCAGCGCCGGAGCAGCCCGAGCUGUUCCUGAAGAAGCUGCAGCAGUGCUGUACUGUCUUUGACUUCAUGGACACGCUGUCGGACCUCAAGAUGAAGGAGUACAAGCGCUCCACGCUCAACGAGCUGGUGGACUACGUGACCGUCAGCCGGGGCUACCUGACAGAGCAGGCCUACCCGGACGUCGUCAAAAUGGUGUCUCACAACAUAUUCCGGACCCUUCCGCCCAGCGACAGUAACGAGUUUGACCCUGAGGAGGACGAGCCCACGCUCGAGGCCUCCUGGCCGCACUUACAGUUGGUAUACGAGUUCUUCAUCCGGUUCUUGGAGAGUCAGGAAUUCCAGCCCAGCAUUGCCAAAAAGUACAUAGACCAGAAGUUUGUCCUACAGCUCUUGGAGUUGUUUGACAGCGAGGAUCCUCGGGAGAGAGACUACCUGAAGACAGUCUUGCAUAGAAUCUACGGCAAAUUCCUGGGGCUGAGGGCUUUUAUACGAAAACAGAUCAAUAAUAUUUUUCUACGUUUUGUUUAUGAGACGGAGCACUUCAACGGGGUGGCUGAGUUGCUGGAGAUCCUGGGGAGUAUAAUCAAUGGUUUCGCUCUGCCACUGAAAGCAGAACAUAAACAGUUUCUGGUCAAAGUGUUGAUCCCCCUCCACACUGUCAGGAGUCUGUCCCUCUUCCACGCACAGUUGGCGUAUUGCAUUGUACAGUUCCUAGAGAAAGACCCAACAUUAACAGAACCAGUCAUCAGAGGCUUACUGAAGUUCUGGCCGAAAACCUGCAGUCAAAAAGAGGUGAUGUUUCUAGGGGAACUGGAGGAGAUCCUGGACGUCAUCGAACCAACACAGUUCGUGAAGAUCCAGGAGCCGCUCUUCAAACAGAUCUCCAGAUGUGUCUCCAGCCCACAUUUCCAGGUGGCCGAGCGAGCUCUGUACUACUGGAACAACGAGUACAUCAUGAGUCUGAUCGAGGAGAACUCCAGCGUCAUCCUGCCCAUCAUGUUCGCCAGCCUCUACAGGAUCUCCAAAGAGCACUGGAACCCGGCGAUCGUAGCGCUGGUGUACAACGUCCUGAAGGCCUUCAUGGAGAUGAACAGUACUUUAUUUGAUGAACUCACAGCCACUUACAAGUCGGACCGCCAGCGUGAGAAGAAGAAGGAGAAGGAGCGGGAGGAGCUGUGGAAGAAGCUGGAGGACUUGGAGCUGAAGCGCGGCCUUAGGAGCGACGGGAUCAUCCCAACUUAACGAAGACAGCGCCGCGCUCCCCCCCCACCCCCCCCGACUCUCUUCCCCGUCUCCCCCCUCCCACUCUGACUCCCCCUCCCCUCCAUUUUGCCCCCGCUCCCCCCUUCCCUCCACAUCAGCCAUGUCUGCCCAGAGCUCCGCCCCCCCGAUAAGGCCCUGGUCUCUGGACGGACUCGGAGCGCCCGCUGGCUUCUUACUUGUGUUUAUUUUUCUUCUGUUAUUUUUGCUCCUGUGUUUAUGCGACUUCCUUUACAGUAGAUUCAUCACGUCUGUUUUCAUUAUUUCAACAGCACUGUAAAUAAUUCUUUUUUUCUUUUUUUCCCUUUAAAACUGAUAUUAUUGCAAAAAAAGAAAAACAAAACAAUAAUAAUAAAAAAAAGGAGGAAAAAAAUAGAAAAUGAGAAAAUGACUUGUGUGGGAGGGGAUUCGAAGGACGAGGAGAAAAACAGUUUGGACUUUAGGACGUGAAAUGAACAUGUGGAAACAAAACAAGAAAAAAAGAGAAGAUUUUAAAAGCUUCAUCCCUUCUUCUUCCUCUUCUUCUUCUUCUUUGUCACUGCAGUCACGUAUCUAACUUUUAUUUUCCUGGUUCUCCUCUUUGCGUUUCCUCCGUCGCUUCCAUUUCUCUGUUCAUCGGUGCAUCUGUCAUUUCUGUCCAAUCUCUGGCGUCCGGACGGAUUGUUGUCCCCCCCCCCCCCCCCAUAAGGACCACCCCUCCCCUCCCCUCUUCUCUUCCUGUUCAAAACAGGAAACAAAAGAACACAACCACAUUUUAAAACCUUCUCAGUACAACAACACGUUUCAAGAUCACGUGUGAGUGCGUUUACAUGCGUGUUCUUUCAAAGUUCAUGUCCAAGAAAGAGUUAAAGAAGUUAUUUCCUCAGAUUCACUGGUUUUGUUUCAUUCCCUAAAUUGAGCGACGUCUCGUUAAAUUACAUGAAAUAAUUCUCUUAGAAUUUAAAUCUAUUAAAAGAGCAGAACAGCAAAUUCUCGGUCAGGACCUUCAGACCAGUAUCUGUGAAUCAUAAGAAAGACAGUUGGCAGUUUGCUCAUUAAUCCUCGUGUUGCAAUGUUCUCUUCAGGUUAUGAAAUAAUCCAGAGGAUGUUUGUCUCUACAUUAAAUGUCACCGUGCAAACAGGAAGCUGCUGCAGCAAGUUUGGUUCUUCAGGCAACGUCCCACUUCCCUUCUGCUUCACGCCGAGCAUGAUGGGAAAUGAAGUCUUUGGAUCAUAAUGGAUGUAAAAUCAAUUCAUUAAAAAUGUCUACAUGUUUUUUUUUUUUAGUUUCCCAACACUGACACUUUAUACGUUCAUGUCCGAGCGCUCAGACGACACACGGCUCCAAACGCCAUCCGAUGUUUUGACCACAUCUUUCUAUUGUGAAAGAGUUGUUGUGUCCUAAUGCUGCUGUGACAUCACUUCCUGUCGUCCAUCACGUGAUUUCACUUUUCCUGGUCGAGUCUCUGCUCUCGCUGUCGCAGACUUUAAUCGAUGACCUGAGGACGACUGAAGAAACACAGAUCUGUUUCCAUGUAAACGCACUCCUCUUCCUCCUCUUCUUCCUCUUCCUGGGACUUUACAUCACGUGAUUCUUCUUCUCCUCCUCCUUCUCCUCUCUCUCUCUCUCUCUGACCUCUCCCUCCCUCCCUCCUGACCCACCCACCACCACGUGUCCCUGGUACCAGUCUGGCACUGGUACUCCGGCCCGUCACGGGGACUUCAGAAACGAACACGAAAUAAAAAAGAGUCUUCAGAGGAGCGGCAAACAAGCUUCCUCCUGGUGUGAAGAAGACGAGUGUCCCGCCUCAGUGGGGGGGGCGCCGCUGCGUCGACUUCAGUAUUACAACAACUGUGACAAAGAAAGACGACCCUGUACAUUAUUGAAUGCAGUACACUGAUAAUCUUGUAUCUUGUAGUAAUUUAGCCUUUGUUUUGCUUAGGAAACUGUGGAGAGGAGUGUCCAGUAUAUAAAGAGGUAUUAUGGAAGAAGACUUCCUGGUAUUUAUGAUAGUGCCCCCCCCCCCCCUCUCUCUCUUUUACUUUCUUCUCCGUCUCUCUCCUCCCUCUUGGUUUUUAUCUCAUUUUGGAUAUUUUUUGCUGAAGUUUCUUUUGACCAUUGGAUAUAUUUUUUUUAUUUUGGGAAGGGUGGGGGGGGGGGUUUAGGGGUGAGGGUGACGGCAGGUAGGCCGGGGGUCAGAGGUCAGACCGGGGGGAGGGAGGGGAGGGGCGGAGCGGAACACGUUGGCGGGGGAUGUGACGGUGAACCUCCACCCCCCCUCCUCCCUCCUCCCUGGCAGAUUUAAUGUGUGCUUUAGAACGGCCCAGAAAUAAUAUGAUUUAAAACUGAAAAAAUAAAAAAAGAUAAAAAAGGGUUGGAGAAAUACAAAUGUUUAAUUAUUUUAAAAAAUAAAGAGAUAUUAAAUUAAA